CCUGUCAGGGAAAGUGUCCCACAGGAGACAAGAUGUAAACAUGUGUAUUUGCAUCUCGCAAUCCAUCCUGUGGUUGCAAAUGGUCUCAGGAGCAUUAAGCUUCAAUUCAAAUUUAACAGGAAACUUUAACACUUCCAGUAUGAUUGUGUGAUCAGCGUCCACGAACUGUGUUUGAAACUCAAUUGUUUUCCUCUCAGGAUGAAUUAAUGAAUUAAUGAAUUAAUCUGCUGUGUUGUCAAGUCAAUCUGCUGUUUUCAAAACCAAACAACCGAUUCCCUUUUUUGUUGCUGUUGCGGCUGUUGUGUUGAAGAAGAACGGCCCAAAUAUAAGUAAGAUGGACGUGGAAAUACUAAAACACAUUGUCGGAAUUUACCACAAAAUGAAUAAGUUGAAUACGCCGUCGUGUUAUUUCACAGGCCGCUCACACAGCUCGCUGCCCCUAAAAUCCCUGAGGGGGAGAGGGUGGACUUUGAUGUGUGUUCCUUCAAGGUUGUUGUUAAUAGAACAUCUACACGAUUAUUGCCCCAGAAACAGAGAUUCAAUAAUAUUGAUCUCGGUGUCCACUGGUCCUCGACAGGAUAUCCACAGGAAGAGGAUGGAGAAAGACCUCCUGGAGCUGCAGACUCUGAUUGACGUCCACUUUGAGCAGAGGCAGAGAGAGGAAGAGGAGCUGAUCGGACUCAAAUACAGGAUUGAAAACCGCCGGGCAGAAAGAGCCGAGCAGCAGCGCGUGAGGGCUGAAAAAGAGCGGGACAGACAGACCCGGAUCGCAGAGGAGAGACAGAGGAAAGAGGACGAAGAGGCAAAGAAGAGGGCCGAGGAGGAUGCCAAGAAGAAGAAAGUGCUCUCCAACAUGGGAGCUCACUUCGGAGGCUUCCUGGCCAAGGCAGAGCAGAGGCGAGGCAAAAAGCAAACCGCCAGGGAAAUCAAGAAGACGACUCUGGCAGAGAGACGCAAGCCACUUGGCAUCGAGAGCCUGAGAGAGGAUGGCCUGAGAGAGCGAGCCGUGGAGAUGUGGCAAUGUAUCUACCAGCUGGAGUCAGAGAAGUUUGAGCUGACCGAAAAGACAAAGAGGCAGAAGUAUGAGAUCAACGUCCUCCUGAACAGAAUCCAACAUGCUCAGAAAUUCAAAAAGGUCAACGGUAAGGGGAAGGUCGGUGGACGCUGGAAGUGAGCGCACACAGGACGCACAACGAAGACGGGGAACUAGUUUUCUGGACAAGAUUGGAGAUUUUUGUGUGGCAUU